AUGGCCUUUUGGGUUGUUGGAGUUGCUGGUGGCGGCGGCGGCGGCACUCCGUUUCGCGUUCGUAAACAGCCGUACGUGGACUCGUAUGGUCAUGCUGGUCCUGGUGAUGGAUCGGAAACCAGCCAUCGCUGGCCCGAGUUUGAGCACUACGAGGAGCAUGGUCGAAACACGUCCGACGAACACUUGGCCGAGUCAGUGCCCAUUCGCAACCUGGCCUUCCUUGUCAUUCGCGAGGGCAGUGACGACGCCAAUCAGGACAACUGCCACCGCAACCGCAACUACCAUCCUCCUCCUACUCGCAACCACGCUCUUUGCCCUGCUGCUUCAACCCCGUCUCCCUCACCUUCGCCCAAGUCUCCUGUCGGCAAGAUGACGUCCCACCAGGUGCACUCGCCAAGCUGUCCGUCAGUUCGCCUUCCCCUGGAGCGUACCGAGUCGGGUCUGUCCAUAUCCUCCGAUGCCUCGGCGCACCACCAUCACUGUCCCUCGUCUGCCGAGGCCGAAAACGACACGUCUCUGCUCGGCGAUCUCGAGGCCGCCCGUCUCGUGCGAGAGCACGUUGCGAGCUACCGCCGCAGGUUUCCGGACUCGCAACCAGAGCGCAUCCUCAGGGCCCUCAUCAACCCCAAAUCCCGCGGCGCCGAUUUCCCGCUCGACAACGACGCCUUGCGCAGCAUCUUCUCCGCCGCCAACGAGCUGUUUUUCGCCAGCCGCCUCACCCGCAGGGUCACCUGGGACUGGAGCCACUCUGCUUCGGAGCAGUACGCGAACCACAUUGUCGGCACCACUGCUCUCCGCCGCAGCGCCAGGUUCGGCGGCUGGGAGACGCUGAUUGUUCUCUCCUCCCCCAUUCUUCGAGACACCAAGUACAACCGGCGCCUGCUCAUUUCCACCUUUUUGCACGAAAUGAUGCACAGCUUCAUGUUUGUCGCCUGCGGACUAAAGGCCAAGCAGUUUGGCGGUCACACCGAAGGGUUCCACCAAGUCGCUGGCAUCAUUGACGAUUGGGCAGGCAAGGACUGUUUGCACCUGCGUGACAUGGAAGCCGAUCUUGCGCGCUGGAGAGGCGACGACUUUUCCUGCGCAGACGGCCGCCGUCAUGCCGAUGCCGACCAUGACAUGGACCGUGCCGAACAAGACUACGUCGAGCAAGUCCAGGCAUGGAGCACCCACCCAGCCCAGCUCCGCGGGGAUGCCCUACAGACACCAUCCCCUCUUCCAUCUUUACCGCAUAGACAGGCCGCCCCGGAGAAAUGGCAGUGGUACGAGCGAGAAGAUUUCGGCGACCGCUUACAGCAUGUCGCGCAGGUGCAAUAUGUGCCUUGA